AUCGUCCACGCCAUCAACAAAACUGCAUCUGGCAAGUCCCCAGGGCCCGACGGGCUGGGCACUGCGUUCUACAAAAAGUUCAAGCACGAGCUGGCCCCAAUCCUCGCCGCCAUCGCCAACCGCUCGCUCGAAAAUGGUCGCCUUCCGGAAUACAUGCAGGACGGCUUCGUCAAGCUGCUGUACAAGAAAGGCCCGCGCUCUGACCUUGGCAACUACCGACCAAUCUCGCUGCUGAACUGCGACUUCAAACUCCUGACCAAAGCAGUGAUCGCUCGGCUGCAGCUGGUGGUCAACGACAUCAUACCACUCAACCAAAACGGUUUUGUCACCUCUCGGACCAUCGAUGGCUGCGUCCAUCUCACCCGAGAUGUGAUUGAUCUGUGCAACACCAUCAAAACCCCUGGAGUGAUUGCCAUGACAGACGCGUCCAAGGCGUUCGACAAGGUCUCACACGACUUCCUGUAUGCUGCACUCAGAGCGUACGGAGUCGGGCCAGGCUACAUCAACAUGAUCAAACUCUACAACACCAAUGGCCGCUCCUCGAUGGUGUACCAAGGCCGAGUCUCGGAUCACUUUCCAAUCCAACGGUCGGUGCGACAGGGAGGCUGCGACUCGCCGACGCUCUUCGCGCUCUACGCCUGCGCCAUCGUAGACUACAUUACGUACGGCGCAAAGCUCAAGUUGUUGCGGAUCCCCAGCAGCAAUCUCAAAGCCGAUCGCAAGCGUGGCCGAGCGAAUGAGGACCGGCCAGACGACCUUGUCAUCCUCCCCACCCUCUUCGCAGAUGACUCGUCCUACUUUCUCGCCUCACCAGCAGACGUCCCAAACCUGCUGAACGAGCUCAAGUUUGUGGGGACUGCCACAAAUCUGGAAAUCAAUGCACCAAAGACCACCAUCAUCCCGCUCGGACCAACUGCAACGCGCAAGCCUCCCCCCGACCUGGAAGGCCUCGAGUGGGUUGGACCAAACUCUACGACGCGCUACCUCGGUGUCAUGCUCGGCCACGGUGAUCUGACCGUCGCAAACUUUGGCGACCUACUUGACAAGCUGCACGGCCAGCUGUCGAGAUGGCUCGUCCACGGACCGUCACUCCCAGGUCGUGUGCUCAUCGCCAACACCAUUGCGCUGUCCAAAGUCUGGUACCGAGCGAGGUUUGUGCCCCUCUCGUCCGAGCAGACAGCAAAACUCACCCGCAUCAUCGACAAGUUCCUCUGGCACCCAAGCAAAUGGCCGCGAACUCACCAGGCCAACGUCGCAGCACCAAUCAAAUCCGUGGCAUGCGGACUCGGACUCAUCCCUGUUCGGCGUCACCUCAAAGCCCUCCUCGCCCAAGCCGCCCUGGCAUGGUGUCAGCCGUAUGCUGCCCCAUGGAAGCACAUCGCGGCCCACCUCUGGCGUGCGGCAGACAAGCCAGCAUGCCCACUCAACGUGCUCAGGCUGGUGAUCAAGGCCUCGUCAGACUUUAUUGGCAUCUCUGCAUUCUGGCACAAAGCCUUUGAGGCAUGGCACGAGCUCAGGCCAGAGCUCCAAACCCCUGCCUGCCGCGACGAGGCGCUCGCUCACCCGCUCUGGGACUCACCGGACAUCCAGGACGACGGCAAGCCGCUCUGGUGGCCGAGCUGGAUCCUCAACGGAUACAUGCGCGUCCGCGACCUGCGCCGCUUCAUCGGUAACCCAGCUAGAGAAGAGUGGUCCCCGCUCUCGCUCGUCAAAAGCUUCACCAACGCAAAAUACUACAACAAGCUCCACGAGGCACUCGACCGGAGCCAGCUCUCGUCGCUCGUAGAGCAGGAUAGCGCCACAAUCCCGUCAGUGCAAGAUCUACCGUGGUGCUGGGCCCAACCAGCCGACGACGACGACGCCAAUCCCAAACUCUUCAGAGUUGUCAAACUCCGCACGGGCAGCCCGCUCACAAGCAGCUCACUCGGAGCCGGCCAAGUGUUCUACGAGUCGGAGAACGCCCUGAUCGCGCCUGCCCAGCCAGGCCUAGUCCUCACCAAGUUCCGCCUGGCAACCGCGCAACACGCCACCGUCGUCUACUGGCGAGCUCCCAACACCAAGCCUGAACCAAACAAGCGGGGAAAGAUUUUCCUCCCACGAAAGCAGCUGUACCAUGUUGGCCGCACUCAACUCAUGCCCCUCAUCUGGAGCAACAUCGUCCUCAACGGUGUUCACUCAAGCGUCCAGAAGCCCCUGCAAGUCACAUCGCACAAGCUCAAACUGAAAACGCUAAGGCAGCUGCUCACUCCACGUCCCUCGAGACCAGACGCCCUCCAAUGGUGGAUCAACAAAGUUGGCUACGUGCCCUUCGAAUCACUGGCCAGCUCCAUCAGAACCAGUCUAGUCACAUCCAAGCAAGCCUCCCUGCUCUGGCGCAUUGCACACCGCACCAACCGACUGGGCGCCGACUGGCUGGAAACAGAUGGUCAAGCGCUGCGCGCCGGCUCGCUCUCCCGCGAAGAGUACGACGACAGAAUUGCCACCGGGCGCUACGACUGCGCGCACUGCAAACACGACGGCCGCUCGGCCAAAGAGACCUGGCACCCCAUCCUUGUCCGCUGCCACACAGCCCAAGCGGUUUGGGAAACCGCGAACGCCAUCUUCCAGCACGCUCACUCAAGUUCCCUCCCAAUGUUCGACAAAGCCCUCCUGUUCGGUCCCUUCCCCACCACGCUUGCGCGUAAAAAGGAAAUGCGAGCGCUUGCCACGAUCCUGUACCACCUCGGACGCUGGGCAAUCUGGCGCACCCGCUGCGAAGCAAAAAUCAACAACACAUUCACACCCAGCCAUACCACCUUCAUCAAACUCGUCCACUCCCGCGCCCUGCAGGACAUUGUGCCGCGAGCCCCGCCUGCUGACUCUCCCACGUCGAAGAUGUGGGGAAAGUGCAUGGUCAGGUCAGAAGAGAAGACCACCAUUUCACUUCUACCCCCGAAACCCGGUGAGCAUGAGCAAACCGAGUCACCAAGCGGCGCCCGUAUGACCAGGACGCUGGCACCAAACUUGCAACCGCAAGAAUCAGUUAAAAACACGUUGCCCUUGUCACUUACUCCUUGCCCCUGA